GAUCUUGACAACAUGGCGCUGCAGAGGAAGCGUGCUAGCUAAAGAAUAAGAUACAAACUCAUUCGCGCUGUUGUAUUACUUCGGUCAGAUUACAAAACUUCACGAAUCUAAAAAUACGCUUUGAAUUUAUGUGUAUGAACAAUCGACAGGUUUAUUUACAUAUCAACAUCUUUACGAGGCGUGAAUCAUCUUGUAAACACGAGAAUGGGAGCCAGCUAACGUUAGCCAGGUUAUCUGCAGGGAAUCAUCCACUAACUAAUCCCCAGAUAAUCCAGUCAGUGACGACGAACCUAUGUCGAUUAGGAAAUCUUGAAAUAUAUAUAUAUAUUUCUGUCGCGUUAAAGCGAUACAUUGACGUGGGGCAUGAAAACAAAAGGCUACAAGGGCGCAUCAAUAAACAGGACAAAGGCUCAAUAGAAAACAGAGAUAGAGAAUAUUCUAACGGAAUUUAAGGGAAUUUUUUUGCGACAUUCGAAAUGGAGUUGAAUUUAAACCAUGUUGAUUAUCUCCAGGUUGGAGUGACAUCUCAGAAAAUCAUGAAGCUCCUCCCUACUGUUGGAAGGAAAGCAACUCAAAAGGUGGCGGUUGCAGAUCAUGAUGGUGUCGUGACCUGUUUUGGGAUGAAAAAAGGCGAGGCUGUUCCUGUAUUCAAAUCACUCCCAGGACAGAAGAUCUCCAGACUUGAGCUUGGAGGGGCUUUGGGGACCCCACAGGAAAAGAUCUUUGUGUGCUCAGGCUCAGAAGUGAGGGGAUAUACUAAAAAGGGCAAACAGUUCCUUACGUUCGAGGCCAACCUAACAGAGAGCAUUAAUGCCAUGCAUGUUUCAGGGGCAGAUCUUUUUGUCUGUGCCAGUUACAUUUAUAACCAUUACUGUGACUGCAAGGACCAGGACUACUACCUGUCAGGAGACAAGAUCAAUGACGUCCUGUGUUUACCUGUCGAGACGGUGGGCCGCAUUGUGCCCAUUCUGGCCUGCCAGGACAGGGUGCUUAGAGUAUUGCAGGGAUCUAAUCUUUUGUACGAUGUAGAGGUGUCUGGACCACCAACUGUUCUUGAACUUCACAACAGAGAUGGAGGAAAGGAUGGCGAAGAGGUUCUUUAUGGAACAGCUGAUGGGAAAUUGGGUCUUGUGCGAAUUACCCAAUCUGGAGCCAUCACUAGUUGGGAACUGGAUAAUGAGAAGAAAAAAGGAGGAGUGCUGUGUGUUGAUACUUUUGACAUUGUUGGUGAUGGUGUGAAGGACAUCCUGGUGGGGAGGGAUGAUGGGACUGUGGAGGUCUAUGGGUUGGACAGCUCAAAUGAACCAACUCUGCGCUUUGAGAAUGUUUUGUCUGAGAGUGUUACAUCGAUUCAAGGGGGAUGUGUUGGAAAAGAGAUGUACGAUGAAGUUCUCACAACAACUUACACAGGAUGGGUGUCAGGUCUCACUACAGAGCCCCAGCAGAUGGUAGCAGGCCCGGGGGAUGAGAUCAAGAUGAGCCGAGAGACCCAGGGGAAGGUGGCAGCACUCAGGGCUGAGUUGGAGCAGCUCCAGUUGAAAGUAUUGCAGGGCAGAGAAAAAUACCAGCAAAGCUCUCAGUCCAGCACGGCUGUGUCUGCUGUGCCGGUCUUUAGCAUCAAUGACAAGUUCACAUUGUGCCAGGACGAUGCUAGUUACAGCCUCACACUUGAGGUACAGACUGCCAUUGACAACCUGCUGCUACAGAGUGAUGUUCCCAUUGACCUGCUGGAUGUUGAUAAGAAUUCAGCUGUUGUUAGUUUCAGUGAAUGUGAUUCAGAGUCAAAUGGGAACUUUCUCCUCGCCACCUACAGAUGCCAAGCAAAUACCACAAGGCUGGAACUGAAGGUGAGGUCUAUUGAGGGUCAGUACGGCACACUGCAGGCUUAUGUGACGCCAAGACUUCAGCCCAAAACUUGUCAAGUUCGACAAUACCAGAUCAAGCCGCUCUCCCUCCACCAACGAAUACACACAAUCGACCAGAAACGGCCUAUGAACACCUUGAGAUUGAUGGGACAGUUCAGUUUUGCAGAGAUCCAUUCCUGGGUUGUGUUCUGUCUGCCUGAGGUCCCAGAGAAAACCCCAGCAGGAGAAAGUGUCACGUUUUACUUCCAGAACACUUUCUUGGGCACGCAGCUUGAAGCCACUUAUUGCAAAGGUGAUGCAAACUUCAAAUCAGACAACAUUUCUACCAUAUCAAUAUUAAAGGAUGUCUUAGCCAAGGAAGCAACUAAACGAAAAAUCAAUCUGAAUAUAUCCUACGAGGUGAACGAAGACUCUGUCAACCACACUCUUCAGAUGAUUCAUCCCAAGCUGGAGUAUCAGCUGAUUUUGGCCAAAAAGGUUCAGCUUAUUGAUGCUCUAAAGGAGCUUCAGGUACAUGAGGGAAAUGCAGAUUUUCUGAUUCCAGAGUAUCGCAGUAUACUGGAUGAGUCUGCUAAGCUCCUAGAAGAAUAUAAAAAACAACCAGCCCACUUAGAAAGACUCUAUGGUAUGAUCACUGACCUUUUCAUCGAUAAGUUCAAAUUUAAAGGACAGAACGUUAAAACAAAAGUUUCACAGCUGCUUGCAAUUUUGAACAACUAUGAACUUAAUUCAUUGAUGGAUUUUUUCAACGAAGCUUAGUGAAGACAAUUAAAUGAACCAGUUUUUGAUCAGGUGUUUUGUUUUUGCAAUAAAAUAGAAUGUAAUAUAAGCAAAUGAAAAUCUUAGCAUACCUUAAAUUAAAAUAUUCAGUGUAAAGACUAUUGAACCUGUGUGUGACUGCAGAUGUUUUAUAUAUUUUUAGAACACUUGUCCAUUGUUUAGAUGCAUUUAUACAGAACUACAAUUUUCAUGAAAACUAGUGCUUUGUGUGUAAAAUGUGUCAUGGCAUUUUUGUACCUUUUUGGAGAAAGUGUAUGCCUCAGGUUUGCUAACAUGUUUAUAGACUUUAUAAUGUAAUAAAUAUACAACUUUUAGCAUACAUUUAUUGUGGAGAUUAAUUUAAAAUAUCUGGAUGGGGAACAAGCCAAGAACAAAAAUUGGCCAAUUAAACCUUGCA